CGAUCUCUUUGGGCAGCAGCUGCGAGCACCUUCCCUCGCGGCCGCCCGCCACCUAAUCCCUUUUGCCCUUCGUGUACACUCGCGUACAACCCAAGCCUUCUCACCGCCGCCACUCUUUACACCGCUGCUACCUGCGCCACUAUGCUGCUCAGCGGACUGCUCUGCCUUGUGUUGGGCCUCCUGCCGCUCGGCACCCUUGCAGCGCUCGACGACGGGGUCAAAAUUGCGAACAGGACGAUAGAAAGGACUGUUGCCCUGCGAACACACUCGAUGUACGCGCCAUACAUUGACCAGGAUCUGCAAAACCGAUGGUGGGACUUUGGAGCGGAUACCAUUAUCAAUACGAACAAGCACAUUCGUCUUACAAGAAACCGACCGUCACAAAUGGGGUGGCUGUGGUCUCGGCUACCGCUGACUGCUGCAAAUUGGGUCCUGGAAAUCGAAUUCAAGAUUUCGGGAGAGGCGGGACACCUCUAUGGAGAUGGCAUGGCCUUCUGGUUAACAACAGCGCGUGCGCAACCAGGGCCCGUCUUUGGUAGCAUUGAUCAUUUCGAGGGACUAGGAAUUUUCCUAGAUACCUAUGCAAAUUCACGACACACGUACUCGUUCCCUCGCCUUGUCGCUAUGCUUGGUGAUGGCAAAACGAAGUAUGAUCAGGCGAACGACGGCGAGGCCAACAAGAUUGGGGCCUGCUCCGCAAACUUCCGCAAGACGAACGUUGCGACGAAGCUUAAGAUCACAUACAUCAAGGACACGUACCUGAACGUUCAGCUUCAGUACAGGGCCUGGGAUGACUGGACGGAGUGCUUUACCGUCCGUGGAAUCUCCUUGCCAGCAUCACCAUUUAUUGGUAUCUCCGCCAUGACAGGCGACGUCUCGGACAACCACGAUGUUGUCGCAAUCACUACAUACUCUGCACUCCUCUCGAGCCCCGAUGCACCACGCGACCAGUUCAGGAACAACAAACCCACAGACCCAGAAUCGUCGUUCCUGUCCAGGGUCGUCAAGUUUUUGCUCUUCGGCUGCGUUGUCGCAGGACUGCUGUACGGCUACGGACGUUACGCGCUCAGGCAGCCCGGCAAAGGCUUGGGCUCGGGGAUUGGCCGGGGUGGGUCGGCGCUGGGCAACCCAUUCUACGACAGCAAAAGAUUUUAGCCGUAUUUUGGAUGUAUUUACUGGGUUCUAUUACAUGCUUUCUCACC